AUGUGACUGCCAUCCAGUACCGUCCGAUGCGGUGGAUCACGCUUUGAAGAAACGUGUUUAGAUCGGAAAAAAAAAAGACAAAAAUGGUGGAGAAAAUCGAAGCAGCGCACCACCUGCGCUUUGUAGCCAACUCCCACUUUCUUCUUCUCUAAUCCUGCUGCCUGGGGCUAUCGUGCGCCCUCUGAUCUCAAUUUCUCAAAACCCUAAUUGCACUCAAAUUCCAAAUUCGUUUUGAUGCCCUAUUAAUCAGGGUCGCCUUCUGGGUUUUAGUGACUUAGUUACAUUGUAGUGAUUAAAAUAUCCAAGUGAUCGAUCGUAUUGUUGAAUUACGGCUGUGUGAAGUGAUCGGAUUCCAGACUUGUGGAGAUGCAGCGGCCGAGUCCACCGAAGCAUCGCCACGAUGGGACUUCGCCCUUGCCGCUGGGAAUGGAUUGGAGCCCUCCGCCUCGAGUUUGGGCAGGGAGAGAAAGUGUUUGGCCUCAUGAUCCUCGGACAGGAUGGAGUUACUGCAUCACUCUACCUUCAUGGAUUGUACUUGCAAAGUCGAGAGAUUCUGACCCGACAGUGUUUUACAGGGUUCAGGUUGGCAUACAGUCACCAGAGGGGAUUACAACCACAAGAACUGUAUUGAGGAGAUUCAACGAUUUCCUAAAAUUACAUGCUGCUAUCAAAAGAGCCUUUCCUCAGAAAAGCAUUCCACCAAGUCCACCGAAGGGGCUCUUGCGGAUGAAAACAAGGGCAAUGCUGGAAGCGAGAAGGAGUUCUUUGGAGGAAUGGAUGGCAAACUUACUUUCAGAUAUUGAUUUGUCAAGAAGCAUUGUCGUCGCAUCCUUUCUUGAACUGGAAGCUGCUGCUAGGUCAUCAUUCCAAGAAGAGGGCCUGCAGAGUCCCCCCGAUUCACAUAAUUCUGUAACUACGACAGACUCAUCUCAUCAUGUUCACCCAAAUUCAAGCAUGUUGGCAGCAGGUACUUCAUCCGUGGCAUCAGAUUAUGGCAGUGAUACAGCCUAUGAGAUAUCUGAUAUUGGUUCACAUAGCCUUGGGAGGGACAACAACUCAGAAGUUGGGACUGAGGAUCUAUCAUUUUAUGAUGAUGCCGCAAGUACAGUGGAUAAAUUUGUCAAGUAUGGCAUGUCAAACAUUGAGGAGGGCUUGUCAAUGGGGAAUGCUAUUCUAGAGAAGCUCGAGAAUUUUCCUAAACAUAAGCUGCAUGCCAGAGAAAAUCAUAACUCAGAGCAGAACCUGAGUAAUGGAGGUUCUUUGAAAGCCUCUCAUCACGAAGAAGAUAUGUCAGAGCAUCUGGCUGAAAAUAGUUCAUUGGUUCAUCAUGGCCGAAAGCUGUCGUCUGAUAGCAUUGGAAGCGACAGGAGCUCUUUAAGAGGCAGUGAGUCUUCAAGUUUAGCAUUUCCAAAUUCAAAUGGACAUGGGGCUUUUGAUUUUGGGAGUGCUGCUGAGGUUGGACGAACCACUGGAACUGUUGGAAACUCUGAUUAUCAUCUCCCAGAUGAUAUACACCUGUUGGUCCCAGUGGAUCAGCGCCAGAAGAUGAAUAGAGUACUUAUGACGAUGCAGCGGAGGUUGAUUACUGCCAAGACUGAUAUGGAAGAUCUUAUAUCAAGAUUGAAUCAAGAAAUUGCCGUGAAGGACUAUCUUGCAACAAAGGUGAAGGAUUUGGAAGUGGAGCUUGAAACUACUAAACAAAAAAGUAAAGAAAAUCUUGAGCAGGCUAUACUAAUUGAAAGAGAACGAGUUACUCAAAUGCAGUGGGAUAUGGAAGAACUUAGGCGGAGGUCUAUGGAACUAGAGCUAAAGUUGAAUCAGCAACAGGAUCAGAGCACAGAUGCUCAGCCUUCUGUUUCACCAGGCAAUCAGCAGACGGAUACGUUGCGCCAGGAGUUGGACUCUUCAAAACAGCAGUUUGAGGAUUUGUUGAAGCGACAUCAAGAGCUGGAAGUAAAAUCAAAAGCUGAUAUUAAAGUUCUUGUCAAGGAAGUAAGAUCAUUAAGAAGUUCCCAAUCAGAAUUAACGCAACAGCUCAAGCAGUCUCUCAGAGAAAAAUCUGAAAUGGAGGAACUUCUUCAGGAAGAAAGAGAGAGAAAUGAGCAGGUGAGAUCCUCUUGGAGGAAGUUGCUAGACAGAUGCAAGAUUCUUCAGGAUCAGCUUCAUGAGUGCAAUAUCGACAAUUUAACAAGCACGAAAGGCGACACAGCUGACAGCCUCCCGUCAUUAUUGGAUCAGUUGGAUUUUGUUGGCACAUCCGAAAACCAGAUAGACCUUCUCAUUGCUGAGUUUGAGCAGUUAUUAGCUGAGGAUGGUGACAAGCACACAACUUCCAUAGACGAGGAAUCGAGGCAGACACUAACGAGUCUCCUAGCCGAUAAUGGUGCGUUGAGAAAGCAGGUGAACUCCCUUAUAGUGAACAGCCUCAAGAUGAGGAAAUCUAAGGAGAAAGGCGAAACAUCAGAUGUAAAUGUAGGAAGUGAGGUCCAACAUAGCAGCAGCUAACUCUUGGACAUGUAAAUUCAGAAAUGCCAAUUAUGUGUAGAGUUGGAUAUAUACGACAUGGGGAGUUAUCCAUGUAUGCGGUUUUACCAGCAGGAACGCGUUGGUGUCGAUUUUUUUGGUCUCUCGCGGUGCUGUAUGCAACAGUGUACAUAUAUAUUGAAAGUCCGAUUUGUAUACAUAAUUCAGAGUUGAGAAAAACAUGUGGAAUUUACCAGUUUUUGUUGGAUAAUUGAUCAUUUGCUGCGCA